UGCCAUCCACAGAGGCCUGAAUGCAUUACUAAAGGCUGGACCGCAGGAGGACCACACAAGGACCAAACAAGGACCGCAGGACAAGAGGAGAUAAAGAGAGAAGAAACAAGAGAGGAGGCAGGAGGAGACAGGAGGAUGACCGUGGAGGACAGCUGAACUGGAUGAAGAUGGACAGCAGAGGGAGGAGAGGAACUAACGGCUCAUUCAAACGUUCGUCCAUCAAACGCAGCACGUCUUCUGGCUCACAGAAGACGCAGAGAGCGUGGAUCGAGAGAACUUUCCAAAAGAGAGAAUGUGUCCAGAUUAUUGUCAGCAAAGACACCAGCAGGUGCAGUUGUGGUCAGCUGGUGACACAGCACAACUAUGUCCUACCAGGGGCCAAAGAGGAGGGGGGGCCUCUGGUUCAGCUGGAGGUCCAACCUGCAGAAAGAUGGAGCCCCCUCAAACACACCCAGACCUCCCCCACCGACGCCUACGGGGUCAUUGAGUUCCAGGGAGGAGGACACGUCAACAAGGCCAUGUACAUCCGUGUCUCUUAUGACUCCAGACCAGACCUGCUGCUCCAGUUGAUGGUAAAGGACUGGCAGUUGGAGCUUCCCACUCUGUUGAUUUCCGUCCACGGCGGACUGCAGAACUUCGACCUGCCCCCCAAACUGAAGCAGGUUUUUGGGAAAGGACUGAUCAAAGCAGCUGUGACCACUGGAGCCUGGAUCUUCACCGGGGGGGUCAGCACCGGAGUGAUCCGCCAUGUUGGAGAUGCUCUCAAAGAUCAUUCAUCAAAGUCCAGAGGAAAAGUCUGCGCCAUUGGUAUCGCACCGUGGGGCAUCAUAGAGAACAAAGAGGACCUGAUUGGGAGAGAUGUGACCCGGCCCUAUCAGACCAUGUCCAACCCACUCAGCAAGCUGGCGGUCCUCAACAGCAGCCACUCACACUUCAUCCUAGCCGACAAUGGGACCAGCGGGAAGUACGGGGCUGAGGUCCGACUGCGGCGGCAGCUGGAGAAACACAUUGCUCUGCAGAAGAUCAACACACGUCUGGGUCAGGGCGUCCCUGUGGUCUGUCUGAUCCUGGAGGGGGGUCCCAAUGUCAUCUCCAUCGUGUUGGAGAGUCUGAGGGAGGAGCCUCCGGUCCCUGUCGUCGUCUGCGACGGCAGUGGUCGCGCCUCUGACAUCAUUUCCUUUGCACACAGAUACUGCGAGGAAGACGGGUUGCUGAGUGACGGCGUCAAAGAUCAGCUGCUGGUCACCAUCCAGAAAACCUUCAACUACAACCGCAGCCAGGCACAGCAGAUCUUCCUCAUGGUGAUGGAGUGCAUGAAGAAGAGAGCUCUGAUCACAGUGUUCAGGAUGGGCUCAGAGGGACAGCAGGACAUUGAGAUGUCCAUCCUGACUGCUCUUCUUAAAGGUACAAAUGCGUCGGCGUCCGAUCAGCUGAGUUUAGCUCUGGCGUGGAACAGAGUGGACAUCGCUCGCAGUCAGAUCUUUGUGUACGGACUCCACUGGCCCCCGGUGAGCAGUUUACCCACCGACCGACCGAAGAGUCCGGUUGCACAGCGGGCAGCAGCAGCAGCAGGAGGAGGAGGAGGAGGAGGAGGAGGCAAAGGGAAGGCCAGGGGCAAGAAAGGAAAAGGAGGCAAAACCAAACCUGAACCACCUGAGGAGACGGACCCGAGGAAACUGGAGCUGCUCAGCUGGGUGAACUCUCUGGAACAGGCCAUGAUGGACGCUCUGGUGUUGGACAGAGUGGACUUUGUGAAGCUGCUGAUCGAGAACGGCGUCAACAUCCAUCAUUUCCUGACGAUUCCUCGUCUGGAGGAACUGUACAACACGAAGUUGGGACCAGCCAACACGCUGCACUUUGUGGUCAGAGACGUGAAAAAGGGCAACCUUCCUCCAGAUUAUCAGAUCACAUUGAUCGAUAUUGGUCUGGUGCUGGAGUCCCUGAUGGGAGGAGCUUAUCGCUGCAAUUACACCAGGAAGAGCUUCAGGACAUUGUACAACAACCUGUACGGGCUCAAGAGACCUAAAGCUCUGAAGCUUCUUGGAAUGGAGGAUGACGAGCCCCGUCCGAAGGGGAAAGGGAAGAAGAACAAGAAGAAAGAGGAGGAGGUGGACAUCGAUGUGGACGACCCAGAGGUCAGCAGGUUUCAGUACCCCUUCCACGAGUUGAUGGUGUGGGCUGUGCUGAUGAAGCGCCAGAAGAUGGCGCUCUUUCUGUGGCAGCGGGGGGAGGAGGCCAUGGCCAAAGCUCUGGUGGCCUGUAAACUCUACAAAGCAAUGGCCCACGAGUCAUCCCAGAGCGAGCUCGUGGACGACAUCUACCAGGACCUGGAGAACAACUCCAAGGAGUUUGGUCAGCUGGCCUACGAGCUGCUGGAUCAGUCGUACAAACACGACGAGCAGGUGGCCAUGAAGCUGCUUACGUAUGAGUUGAAGAACUGGAGCAACUCCACCUGUCUGAAGCUGGCAGUCGCUGCCAAACACAGAGACUUCAUAGCACACACCUGCAGUCAGAUGCUGCUCACCGACAUGUGGAUGGGCUGCCUGAGGAUGGGCAAGAGCAACAGCCUCAAGGUGAUUUUAGGGAUCAUCUUCCCUCCUGCGAUUCUUCUCUUGGAGUUUCGUCUCGGAGAUGAAGGUUCGUAUCAUUCAUCCAAAGAGAACGAGGACGGAAAAACUAAAGAGGACGACAACAAAUCCAGCAAGGAUGCCGUCUCCAACGUCGACGCUACGUCAAAGAAAGGAGACGAAGAAGAAGAGCAGAAGAAACAUAGAAGGAGGACUCCCAUCGGGAGGAAAAUCUACGAGUUCUACAACGCCCCCUUCACAAAGUUCUGGUUCAACACGAUCUCUUACCUGGUGUACCUGAUGUUGUAUAACUACAUCAUCCUGGUAAAGAUGGAGCGAUGGCCGUCUCUGCAGGAGUGGAUCGUCAUCUCUUACAUCAUCACUCUGGGACUUGAGAAAGUCCGACAGAUCCUGAUGUCUGAGCCGGGCAAACUGAAGCAGAAGAUCAACGUGUGGUUGGAGGACUACUGGAACAUCACAGACCUGGUGGCCAUCUCAGUCUUCCUGCUGGGUCUGCUGCUGCGACUGCAGAAUGAACCCUCCAUGGGCUAUGGACGCGUCAUUUACUGCGUUGACAUCAUCUUCUGGUACAUUCGGGUCCUCGACAUCUUCGGCGUCAACAAGUACCUGGGACCCUACGUCAUGAUGAUCGGCAAAAUGAUGAUUGACAUGCUGUACUUCGUGGUCAUCAUGCUGGUGGUGUUGAUGAGUUUCGGCGUUGCUCGGCAGGCCAUCCUCCACCCGGACGAGGAGCCAACAUGGCGGCUCGCCAGAAACAUCUUCUACAUGCCGUACUGGAUGAUCUACGGAGAGGUGUUUGCAGACUCCAUAGACCGUAAGACUAGAGUUCAUAUUUAUGCAAUGGAAAUCAAUCCUCCGUGUGGAGACAAUUUGUACGAUGAAGACGGGAAGAAGCUUCCUCCCUGUAUCCCUGGAGCCUGGCUCACUCCCGCCAUCAUGGCCUGUUACCUGCUGGUCGCCAACAUCCUGCUGGUCAACCUGCUGAUCGCCGUCUUCAACAACACGUUCUUUGAGGUGAAGUCCAUCUCCAACCAGGUCUGGAAGUUCCAGCGAUACCAGCUCAUCAUGACCUUCCAUGACCGUCCCAUCCUGCCUCCCCCCCUCAUCAUUCUCCCCCACAUCUACAUCGUCCUGAAGAGGCUCUGCUGCCGCUGCCGCCGCAGGCCAGAAGGGGACCGCGACGACCGGGAGAGACGACUGCAACUGGUCCUGGGUCCAGAGGAGCUGAAGGGUCUCCAUGAGUUCGAAGAGCAGUGUGUGGACGAAUAUUUCAGAGAGAAAAACGACGAGAAACAAUCAUCCAACAACGAGAGGAUCAGAGUCACAUCUGAAAGGGUGGAGAAUAUGUUCAUGCGUCUGGAGGAGGUGAACGAGAGGGAGCACUCGAUGAAGGCCUCCCUGCAGACGGUAGACCUCCGCCUGGCCCAGCUGGAGGAGUUCUCCGGUCGGAUGAUGAACGCUCUGGAGAAGCUGGCGGGCGUCGACCGGGCUGAGCUUGUCUGCACACGCUCCAGAGGGUCGUCGGUGUGUGAGCCGGCGUCUCUGCUGCGACACAGCAGCAUCAACAGCGCUGACGGUUACAGUCUGUACCGAUACCAGCUGGACCACGAAGACCGAGUCUCAGUGUCCGGAGACAUAGAGGGGACCGACAGGAGGGUCCAACUGAGUCCAGAGAGACGAGACAACACAACAGGUGAGGUGAGGGGGUCGACUCUAGAGGUUCGGGCUCCGAAAGAGACUCAGUCUCUUUCCAACGUUGACAUCCUAAUCUCCCCCUGCGCCCCCGACCACAGAACCCCCCACACCAGCCAUGUGCCACCUCAGUCCGACCCCACGGACGCUAACAUGGAGAAACCGGCAGAGAAAACCCAGCUGGAGGCAGCGUCGUCCUUCCCUCUCGAGAGGUCAAAGGUCUAUUCCUCCUCUCUGACCCACAGAAAGUCCAUCAGCGGCUGCAGCCCCGCCCAUCAGCAGGCCUGUCCCAGCAUGCCCCGCUGCCUGGCAGACAACAGGCCAGGCAAAGAAAACAAACAGGAAGUGGAGGAGGAACAGGGGGGUGACGUGGUGGAAAGUCGCCAUGGUAACGGCGAGGGGGAGGAGCCAUCAGAGAUGCUCGUGGCGGAGGACAGAAUGUACCCGACGCUGCGCUCCAAGAGUCUGAACGCCAACCCGAGGAAGACCAGGAAGAAGGAAAGUGAGGAGACGCCUCGCUCGGCUGGCAGCGUCAAAGACCUGGUCUCAGUGUUCAGUGAGACCACAGGGGGGCCACAGCCCAGGACCAGGGCAAUAGACUCUGACAGCUCAUCCUGAA